UAAUGGAGCCUAAUGCAAGUAGCAUGCAUUCUCAUUGCGUAGAAAUGACCAUGGAAAUACACCAAGUUGUUCCACCACCCCACAAGAGCACCCUACAGAAACUCAAGGCCAGGCUCAAGGAAACUUUUUUCCCUGAUGAUCCUCUGCGCCAAUUCAAGGGACAACCACUUCAGAGAAAAAUAUUCCUCGGAGCUCAAUAUGUGUUCCCUAUUCUUCAAUGGGGUCCUAAUUACAGCUUCAAACUCUUUAAAUCUGACCUUGUUUCUGGCCUCACUAUUGCUAGCUUGGCCAUCCCUCAGGGAAUCAGUUAUGCUAAGCUUGCAAAUCUUCCUCCAAUUGUGGGACUAUAUUCUAGUUUUGUUCCCCCACUUGUUUAUGCUAUUCUUGGAAGCUCAAGGGACCUAGCAGUAGGACCUGUUUCCAUUGCUUCUCUUGUGUUGGGAUCCAUGCUUAGACAGGAAGUGUCUCCCACGGCAGACCCAGUUCUGUUUCUUCAACUAGCGUUUACUUCAACAUUCUUUGCUGGUCUCUUUCAAGCUUCUCUAGGAAUCCUAAGGCUAGGAUUUAUCAUUGAUUUUCUAUCCAAGGCAAUCCUUAUUGGGUUCAUGGCUGGAGCUGCUAUAAUUGUGUCUUUGCAACAGCUCAAGAGUCUCCUUGGAAUCACACAUUUCACUAAGCAGAUGGGCCUGAUUCCUGUUAUGAGUUCAGUUUUUCACAAUACACAUGAGUGGUCAUGGCAAACGAUAUUGAUGGGAAUUUGCUUCUUGGUGCUUCUACUACUAGCAAGACACCUUAGCAUGAGGAAACCAAAGCUAUUCUGGGUCUCAGCUGGAGCUCCUCUCAUGUCUGUCAUCAUCUCUACUCUUUUGGUUUUUGCAAUUAAGGCUCAAAAUCAUGGCAUCAGUGUAAUUGGAAAAUUGCAAGAAGGAAUAAAUCCUCCUUCAUGGGAUAUGUUGCGCUUUCAUGGAAGUCACCUAGGUCUAGUCAUGAAAACUGGGCUUAUCACUGGCAUUUUAUCCCUCACUGAAGGUAUUGCAGUAGGAAGGACAUUUGCAGCUCUCAGAAACUACAAAGUGGAUGGAAAUAAAGAAAUGAUGGCAAUUGGGUUUAUGAAUGUGGUUGGCUCCUUCACUUCCUGCUAUGUUACAACAGGUGCUUUCUCUCGAUCUGCUGUUAAUAAUAACGCAGGUGCAAAGACAGCAGCUUCAAAUGUAGUGAUGUCUGUGACAGUCUUGGUGACACUCCUUUUUCUUAUGCCAUUGUUCCAAUACACGCCUAAUGUUGUGUUGGGUGCAAUCAUAGUCACAGCAGUAAUUGGCCUCAUUGAUAUCCCUGCUGCUUGUCACAUUUGGAGCAUAGACAAAUUCGAUUUCAUUGUGAUGUUGACUGCUUUCUUGGGUGUUACUUUUAUCUCUGUCCAGCAAGGCCUUGCUUUUGCAGUUGGGUUAUCAACUUUAAGGAUACUCCUGCAAAUUACUAGGCCUAAAACAGUAAUGUUGGGGAAUAUACCAGGGACGGACAUAUAUAGAGAUCUUCACCAAUAUAAGGAAGCUGUAAGAAUACCUGGUUUUCUUAUAUUAAGCAUUGAAGCUCCCAUCAACUUUGCUAACAUCACAUAUCUCAACGAGAGGACAUUACGAUGGAUUGAAGACGAAGAAGAUAACAUAAAGGAAAACUCAAGCCUUCGAUUUUUAAUCCUGGAAAUGUCAGCUGUGAGCGCCAUUGACACAAGUGGAAUCUCACUUUUCAAGGAGUUGAAAGCAACACUGGAAAAUAAGGACGUUGAGCUUGUCUUGGUGAAUCCUCUGGCUGAGGUCAUAGAAAAGCUGAAAAAAGCAGAUGUAGCUAAUGAUUUCAUACAAGCAGAUAACCUUUUCUUGACGGUUGGAGAGGCAGUAGCUUCACUUUCAUCAUGAAUGAAGGGCCAAUCAUCAACCAUGAUAGAAGGGGCACAUACAAUUAUACCACAUUACUGAUCAAUUAAUUAAGAUUGCAGAAAAAAAUAAGCAAAAGCAAAAAAGUAGAAACAGCAGAAGCAGCAAUGCUAGCAUAGCAUUCCUACAAAAUCAAUCAUUGUACCUGCAGUAUAAACGAUUGAAGUGAAAUGUAACUUCGUCAUUUGUGCUUCUGCUUACUAGAUUUGCCUCACAAGCAUUUUUAUUAUGACUUAAAAGGGUACAACUUGUUGCUUGUUAAUUCAAGCAUUCAUGUUGAUUCCCAUGCACUCUUCAGCACAUCUGAUUCAACAAUGCUACUUGCAAAGAUCAUAAGUUUGUAUUCUUAAAACAUUUCUUAUUACU